AUGACGACCAUGGAUUUGCGUGUUGGUAACAAGUACCGUAUCGGACGAAAGAUUGGAAGUGGUAGCUUCGGUGAUAUCUACCUGGGCACAAACAUCAUCUCUGGGGAAGAGAUCGCCAUCAAGCUCGAGUCAGUCAAGGCUAAACACCCUCAACUCGAGUACGAAGCUCGUGUCUACAAGUCUCUUGCCGGUGGUGUUGGAAUUCCCUUUGUCCGCUGGUUCGGCACAGAAUGUGACUACAACGCCAUGGUCCUUGACCUCCUCGGGCCCAGCUUGGAAGACCUGUUCAACUUCUGCAACCGAAAGUUCUCUCUCAAGACAGUUCUCCUCCUGGCCGAUCAACUCAUAUCCCGGAUCGAGUACAUCCAUGCCAAGUCCUUCAUCCAUCGCGAUAUCAAACCCGACAACUUCCUCAUGGGAAUCGGCAAGCGAGGCAACCAGGUCAAUGUCAUCGACUUCGGUCUGGCUAAGAAAUACCGUGACCCUAAGACCCAUUUCCAUAUCCCAUACCGCGAGAACAAGAACUUGACCGGCACCGCUCGAUAUGCCUCGAUUAAUACUCACCUGGGUGUCGAACAAUCUCGUCGUGACGAUAUGGAGUCUUUGGGCUAUGUGAUGCUCUACUUCUGUCGUGGCUCUCUCCCAUGGCAAGGACUUAAGGCUGCUACCAAGAAACAGAAAUACGACCGCAUCAUGGAGAAGAAGAUGACAACGCCCACUGAGGUUCUCUGCCGUGGGUUCCCCAAUGAGUUCGCCAUCUACCUCAACUACACUCGAUCCCUCCGCUUUGAUGACAAGCCCGACUACUCCUACCUGAGAAAGAUCUUCCGCGACCUGUUCGUUCGAGAAUCCUUCCAGUACGACUACGUCUUCGACUGGACUGUGUACAAGUACCAGAAGAACGCCCAGGCCAUUGCUCAAGCAGCAGGCAACCAGCAGACUCAGGAGGACGAGGAAAAGCCACGACGAGGCCAUACUGGAACCGCCGCUGCUACCGGUGCUCCCACCCCUCAGCACAACUCGACUGCCAGUAAACCUGCCGCCAUCUCCAGCUCCCGACGCAAGGUCAUCGAACGCGGCGCGAGCGGCAACGACCAAGGAGGAAGUGACAGGAUGUGA